AUGCCAGGGAGGACGANUGUUCCAAUUAAACAGUCAAAAAGUAAAAUAAAACUUUCAACUCUGGGAAAACACGAUAAAGAAGAAAGAGAAUAUGUAGAUGUUGAGGAAACAAAAUCUCAAAUAUCACAGUAUUUAACUUCUCAAGAUAAUUAUGAAGAUGAACAAAUCACUAAAUUGGGUGAAUUAGUCUAUUGUUAUCUGCAAAUUGUAGAUAUAAACGUUGAAGAUAUGUUACUGAAAUAUAUUGUGUGUUUUUUAAUUAAGAAGUCCAUUAAUUACGUCAUUUCGGAUUUAGUUUCUGACAUGGCUUCAACUCCAAAUCCUGUAAGUUUUAAGAAGUUUNAUAAAACAAGAGAUUGA